CCGCUCAAGGCUACCGGAGUAAUCAAACGCCGCUCAUCACUGCCCCAUAUCGCUCAAGAACAUCCUCCUUCUUCACUAUAGGUGGCUUUGUUUUGGCGCGGCGGAAUCUAUAAUUUUUUACUUUAAUGUUAUCGUGAGCAAAUGCAACAGCUAAGUUUUGAGAUUGAUGGUUAGGACGAUGGCGUAUCACAUGAUUGACAAUGAUGGUAGGUACAAAGGUACUGGAAAGGUGGCAAUCAAGGCUGCUGAUGGGCAUAUAUCGACAAAGAAAUCAAGGGGUAAUUGCGGCGGCGGCGGCGGCGGCGGCGACGUAGCCGAGCGUGUCAUCAAUGACAUAUUUUAGCCAAUCACGCGAGCAAAUAGUAGUCGUAUGCAUUUUAGCCGACUGCGGGUUCAAGCAUAUCCAAACUUCCUGGAUCGGAGAAUCUUGACUAUGUCGGUCACUAGUCGAUUGUGGGGAAGCCUGAUUAUUAAGGAACAUAGCUCCGAAUUCGAGAGCAAAGCUGGCAUGCCCGGGCUUGGCUGAGGGCUAAGUUCUGCCAUUUCGUCCUUGCUUUGUGGUGGCUGGUUGCUUCACCAACUCCUCCCUGAAUGGCAUGGCCUUAUUAUAUUAUUGGUCCUCAAUUCCAUAUCGGUUCGUAUCGGUUAUAAUAAUGUGUAUAUCGGUGGGCGUUGUAAAACAUUUUCAAGUCGCGCGGCGGCCGCGAACUGCUGGUCUCAGGCUCUGUGAUUGCGGGGCGGUUGAAGACGAAAUGCAUGUCUUUGUGGAAAGCCCCGCGUACGCAAGUAGUACACGGGCUAAAUACGAACGUGACCUCGCGUUUCAAGGGCGCAACAUGCGCACGAUUAUGACCGAGGCCCCACCCCUGGCGCUAGCCAGGUUCCUCUCGGAAGUCUGGGAGACCCGGCACGUUGCUCUUAAGGCGCUGCGUGCUGAAGCGGACGAGGGGGGGCGAUGGUGGUCCACCACGUAG